AUACUUCUGGUUGGAGAAGCAACAGAUCCUUAAUGUUCCCUGAAAAACAACCUCACAUCACAUCUCAUUCGCCUCCAGGAAGACAUCAUCGCAAAUUGAUGGAAUAUUCCAAAGCACGCGUCGCGCGCAUUUAGUCAUUUAGAUCAUUAUUGGGGUCAACUUCCAUGUUUAGGAAAUGUGUUUUAAAAAAUUGGGGGGGGUCUGGCGGAUUUUGUGAUUUUUGUGAAUUUUCGGAUAAGGAAUAAUGCAACAAUAGGUGAGGACCUUGGGUUAUUACUCCCAAAAAUUAAUCUAGAAAUAGACUUUCUUUAAAUUGGCACAUUUUGUAGAUUUGAUGUAGAAUAUAACACUCCCAAUAUUCCAUAGCAUAAUCUGAAACUAUCGUUGAAGGUCGCCAAGUAUCCAUGACUGAACUGUUGAAUCUUUGAAGCCUAUUUUCCGCAACAACUUCUGCUUAUUUAUAGACAUUAUUCAACAAAUAUUUUGACCACAAAAGCCUGCCUAGUCCAGAUAUUAUAUAGAUGUUUUGAGAUUGCAACCUAUAGAUAAGAGUCGUUAGGGGAGUUGUAGCCUUUAUAACAGGAGGUUUUAGUCAAGGGCACUCUCUCUGCCUGCCUGCCGCUCGCAUUGGACUUGUUGAAAGCAACAACUGUCCCCGGUACAGUUGGAUACAUGAGUAGUAUUAUAACAAGGACUGACAUGAGGAAAAACUCAAUUGUCACCGUGUGAUUCACCGAGAUAUAAUAACUGAAUAACAAAUUAACGGAAUAACCAACCGUCUCUCCAUCUAAAUCUAUGAUUAACUCGGUGUGUGUUUCGUCUUACCGAGGACGCAAAUCAGGCAACAAACCUCCGUCCAAGACAUGCCUGAAGGAAGAGAUGACCAGGGGGGAAGACUCUGAAAAAAUAAUCAUCAAUGUUGGUGGCACAAGACACGAAACCUACAAAAGCACAAUUAGGACCCUACCGGGGACGCGCCUGGCAUUGUUAGCCGACCCGCCAGAGCCGGUGAACAACCCAGACACGGACUCCCUCCCACCGACUCCCUCCCUACCCAGAUCCAUAUCUCCAUAUCCAACUACAAACGAGUUAUUUUUCGACAGGCACCCUGGCAUAUUCGCUUAUGUGUUGAACUAUUAUAGGACUGGCAAGCUCCAUUGCCCCGCCGAUGUCUGCGGGCCUCUUUUUGAAGAGGAGUUGGCGUUUUGGAUGAUAGAUGAGACCGACGUGGAGCCGUGUUGCUGGAUGACAUACCGGCAGCAUCGGGACGCAGAGGAGGCGCUGGACAUAUUCGAACCACCGGACCCAGAUGACACGGACGAUGAACUACCCAGACGGUUCGGCAUUGAGGACUGCCCGGACCGAUCGAGGGGAUGCUGCGAAGUUUGGCAACCAAAGAUAUGGGCACUCUUUGAGGACCCCUACUCAUCCAGGGCUGCUAGAGGUAUAGCGUUUGCCUCUCUGUUCUUUAUCCUGAUUUCCAUCACUACGUUCUGCCUGGAGACUCACGAGUACUUCAACGACCUGCAGAACCACACGGAACGCGUGGUGGUGGGGAACCACACUGAGGAGGUGAUCUUGGUGAAGGUGGUGACCAAGCCCAUUCUGACCGUGGUGGAGGGUGUUUGUGUGGUCUGGUUCACCUUUGAGUUCUUCGUCCGCAUCGUGUGCUGCCCCGACAAGCUGCUCUUCAUCAAGAACAUGUUAAACGUCAUUGACUUCGUGGCCAUCCUGCCCUUCUACCUGGAGAUGGGCCUCAGCGGCCUGUCCUCCUCUAAAGCAGCCUCCGACAUCCUGGGGUUUCUACGGGUAGUCCGUUUCGUCCGGAUCCUCCGGAUCUUCAAGCUGACCAGGCAUUUCGUCGGUCUGAGGGUUCUCGGCCACACGUUGAGAGCCAGCGUCAACGAGUUCUGCCUGCUUAUUGUUUUCCUGGCGUUGGGCGUCCUCAUCUUCGCCACGAUGAUCUACUACGCAGAGCGGAUAGGGGCCCAACCGGACGACCCCCGCGGCUCUAAACACACCCACUUCAAAAACAUCCCUAUCUCCUUCUGGUGGGCCGUGGUCACCAUGACCACCCUGGGCUACGGGGACAUGUACCCCAAGACGUGGCUGGGCAUGAUAGUGGGCGCGCUGUGCGCCCUGGCGGGGGUGCUGACCAUCGCCAUGCCCGUGCCUGUUAUAGUCAACAACUUUGGGAUGUACUACUCCCUGGCCAUGGCUAAACAGAAGCUGCCUAAGAAGAAGAAAGCACACAAUCCGAACCCGGACGCUCCCACGGACACGCCCUCCUUCGGGAAGUCUGUCGCUACCUCUCCCAGGGACAGUACUCAGAGUGAUACAUGGCCGCUGGCUGCAGAGGAGAAUAUCAACAGGAACCGCUCAGACUCCAAGCAGAACGGAGACGCCAACUUGGCUCUGUCGUCGGAUGAGGGGUGCAGCCUGACCCAGCCACUGUCACCCAGCGAGAAGUGGAACCUACGGCACGGCCACGGCGACGGUCGAGAACACUCCCGGUCGGCCAGGGGGAACAAGAAAAGCAAGAAAGAGGCAACCUGCUUCCUGCUCACCUCCGGAGACUUCUCCUGCUCUGGAGGAGAACACACCAUAGUCACGGAAAGCUGUACAGACAUCCUGGCUGCUACUGGGCUCUACGCCCAUCCAGAAAUCACCACUCUGACCUGAAAAAGCCAUUUUGGAUUGAUGAAAGACAAGUGGUCGUGAACCAGGGUGCAUGGUGGCGAAGCUUCAGAUUUAGGCCCCUCCCUCCCUUCUCUAACUAACGUGAAGGUUCCUGGAUCGUUCCCGGAAGGUUCCAGAAGAAGAACGCUUGUCUUUCUGUCGAGUACAAAGUAACCAAACUCCGCGGUAGAAUCCUUCUAUCUGAUACUUUAGAAGAUACAGUUAUGUAUGUACACACAUCUGUCUGUUUUCCAAGCAUUUAGCAUGUAUUGUAUUGCAUGAUCUAGCACCAUAUAAUGUACCUUGAGAAAAUAAUAUCAGGUGAACGUUAAUGUUAAGGGACAUAUCUAAAGUUGAGGAGUGUUUUGAACAUCUCCUCUGAUGUUAAUACUCUUGAGUUUCAAUCAAACAUCAAUAUUUCCAAAUGGUGUUUUCAAGAAAUUGCCACUAUGGCAUUUGCUGAUUCUGUUUUAAAAGUGUUCAAUACACUAUACGAUCAGUUCAUAGUCCUUGUGAAGAAUCCUGAGACCAGAAACCAUAUGAUGUUUCAGAAAGAAAAAAAACGGCAGUCUUUCAUCAAUGAAGCAUAAUUGGUAAAUAUUGACUAACUAAAAUACAACACAAAAUGUGUGGACUUGCAUUGUCUAAAAAAAGUGACUGUGAACAAAUUACAGCAGGAUUAGAAGUACGAGUUGUUGUUCCAAGCCGACUGACUCCCAGCAAAAAUAUAGUCCAGCUUUGUUUUGAUUUAAACAUGACGGUGAACGGCUUCCCGAGUGGCGCAGCAUCACAGUGUUGCAGCAUCACUACAGCCUGGGGUUCGCUUUAGUUGGCUCAUCGCGCUUUAGCGACUCCUUGUGGCGGGCCGGGCGCCUGCAGGCUGACUUCGGUCCUCAGUAGAACAGUGUUUCCUCCGACACAUUGUUGCGAGCGGGUGUUAAGGAGUGUGGCGGAUGUUAAGAAGCGC